GUCCAAACCAGCCUAACAACAACCUACGAACCAAAAUUCUCCCGCCACGUGCUCAAGCAGAUCAAUGGAAUCUCCACACGUAAGUCGGUGGUAGAGUCCGAGUCAUUAUGGAGAGGGUGCGGUUUCCAGUACUAAACCGCCGAUUUUCUCCCAUCAUCCCUCUCCAGGACGAGGGACACGUCAAUCCAUCCCCCAGAAUGGUGGCAUAGUUUCAUCAUCAAUAAAUGGCCCAUCCUUACGUUUCUUCCCGGCCCCUCAUUAAGACGAAACCAAAACCAAAAGGAUUCCUUAAUGUCCGUUCAAAGUUCGAAACGAUCUGAUGAUGUUGCGGAGAUCAUACGACCAGAACAGGAUGAUUGACAACUUUAACAUCUGCCACCAAACCACCCCUUCGUCGGAAAAUGGUUGCCGGACGGCGGCCUUAUCACACUCGCACGGCAUCAUGGAUAGGAAUUCGGGUCGGCCUGGCGGGAGAUGGGAAAGGGAAAUGGAUCACGAGACGAUGUUGCGGGAUAUGCAAGAGCGGUCCAAGAGGAAGAGACAAAUGGAAGAUCAGGAUGACGUCUCCUCCUUGAAAGGUAGCUCCGCCAGCUCGACGAAGGAUGGAGCGUUAUCCUGCGGCCAAGAUGAGAGGGGGAGUCGAAGCUGGUGUUCAUCGUACGGGUGUAUAUCGGUGAUCGGGCGGAGGAGAGAGAUGGAGGACGCGGUGGCGGUGGAGCUUGGGCUGUCGUCGGCGGGUGAAGGUGGUGAAGGAUCUGGCAAAUACGAUUUUUUCGGCGUUUACGAUGGCCACGGAGGGUCGCGCGUGGCGCACGCUUGCAGCGACCGGCUGCAUCGGCUGUUGGCGGAAAUUGUGACGCAAGAAGAGCGUGGGGGGAGCGGGGUGGUGGAUUGGGAAAAGGUGAUGUUGGAAUGCUUUGAAAAGAUGGAUGAAGAGGUGAACCGGAAUGGGGCUGCGGUUGCCACGAUGGGGUCAACCGCCGUGGUGGCGGUGGUGGGUGACCAGGAGCUUGUGGUUGCUAACUGUGGGGAUUCUCGGGCUGUUCUCCGCCGCGGGGGUGUUGCCGUCCCCUUAUCCUCCGACCAUAAGCCAGAUAGAGCUGAUGAGUUGGAAAGAAUAGAGCUGUGUGGAGGCAAAGUCAUAAAUUGGAACGGCCAACGUGUCCUCGGAGUCCUUGCCACCUCAAGAUCCAUAGGUGACGAGUACCUCAAGCCCUACGUGAUACCAGUACCCCAAGUAACGGUGAACCAAAGGUCCGACUUGGACGAGUUCUUGAUAUUAGCCAGUGACGGUUUGUGGGAUGUAAUUCCUAACGAUCUAGCAUGCCAGAUUGUAAGGAGAUGCCUGGACGGCAACGUAAGAAGAAGGGCUGCUUCUCCUCAGCAGAUUCCCUCCUCCGGUGUAAGCCAUGCGGGUGCCAGUGAGUCGAAAAAUGGAGGCCUUGCAUCCGAAGCAGCGUCAAUAUUGGCCGAGUUAGCUCUUGCUCGCGGCAGCAGAGAUAAUAUUAGUGUUAUUGUUGUUCAAUUGGAGAAACCUAAAGCUUCAUCUGGGUAAAAUGGCAUCAGUAGUGAUUGAAGUGAUAAGGUGGCAUGACGCGGUGUGACAAUGUGACCUUUCUCAGGGGAAAAAGAUGUGUAUGUAAUUUGCUGAGAGUAACUUGGCUCUCUGUAGUUCCUUAAAAUUUUCGCUCGGUAUAGUUGCUGAGUUUCUGGGUUCUUUUUCUUUAUUUUUUAUUCCUUUAAUAAAUAAAAAUGUACAUAGAAAACGAAAUUUUGAUUUGAGAUUAAUUGUUCGUAACGAAUGUGAUUUGAAGUAAUUACUCGCGAAGUGUAUUGGAGGAUAUUGCUGAACAGUAGAUGCUCCCCUGCAUUAGGGUCAGG